GGAAGCUUGUAGACCAUUAACUUCAAGCUCGUAAACCCUGAGGUAGUUACUAAUAUCCUCCACCUCUUCCUCACUCUCCCUGAUCUGCUCCACCAUUCUUCUGCUACUCCUUUAUUACUUCUGCAACCAGGCUUCAGCUCACCCCUUCCAGCUUCAUCCUCCCUCUGUCCUAGGCACUACUCCAGGCACAAGGUCCUUUAGCCCACUCAGCCCUGAAUCUUCUCUGAUAUCCCUUUCAAGACCCAGGCUUCUGCUUCUCUUUUACUUUCUCAUUUAUUCCCUUAAUUUAUUCCCUACUUGCCAGAAGACUCAGUCCUAAGCCCCUCCUGACCCUUCCUGUCCUGCCUGUGAGUCUCAGGAGCUUUUGGAAACGUGAAGCUUGGGAAAAAGGGCAGUGUCAGGGCUGAGCCCACAACAGCACGUCGCUUUCCUGAUAGGCAUGUGUACAUAUUUUGCACAUGUUCAUACAUUUUAAGGAAGGGAAUUUUUUCUGUGACACAGGGGCUCUGCACCAGGCACUGCACAGCAAACAGCAUCACCAAUGAAACUGCUUCCAUUCCUAGUUCUGAUUUCCAGUCUGCUGGACUAUGGCUAUACUUCUGCAAGCUGCAACAUGACAUGCCACAAAGAUGCCAGGUGUGAAGUUCAGGGUGGGACAACAGGUUGCUAUUGCUCCCAGGGAUAUACAGGAAAUGGCAUAACAUUCUGCUACGAUGAUAAUGAAUGUGAAAAUGCUACCCAGCCUUGUGGAGAGCAUGCCAAUUGCACAAACACAGUGGGAAGUUAUUUCUGCAUGUGUAUGCCUGGUUUCAAAUCCAGCAAUGGUCAACAAACUUUUGUACCUAAUGAUGGAACCUCCUGUGUGGAAAAUCUGAAGGCCAAGUGUGAGUUAUACAAAGACUGUAUAAGUGAACGUAUUAACAGAACUUUAGCUGGGAUUAGUCAUUUGAAAACACCCCUGGAGAUGCUGCAAGAAAUUAAUAAAAAUACUUUGGGACCACUUUUACCUGUAGAUGUGAUUUCAUAUGUUGAAGCACUAUCUUAUUCAUCAUUAAAUACCAGGCAUUACUCUGUUUCUGACAAUGAAACACUUCGUAAUACAACCAUUAAUGUUUUGGUUAGUACUGUGAACAAUUUUUUACAAAAAGACAAGAUUACAGUCUGGGAAGCUCUUCCUGUAGAUGACCAAAGACGGAGCCUGACUAAGCUGCUGCAUACUGCAGAACAAGCAAUGCUUCUCAUGUCACAGAACUUCAAAAAGACAACACAGCUAGAUGCUAAUGCAAGUGACAUAGUACUCAAGGUUUUUGCUUUUGAUUCACAUCACAUGAAACACAUUCACCCUCAUGCAUACACGGGGGGAGAUUAUAUAAAGAUCUCUCCAAAGAAGAGAGAGGAAUCUCAUCCUAAUGGCACCGUUGCAGUUGUCUUUCUGCGGUAUAGCAAUAUUGGUUCUUUGCUUUCAUCGCCUAAAAACCUCUCCUCAAAAGAUACUUCAGAGCAGAGACAGACCGUAAGCUCAUCAGUUAUAGCUGUGGCAAUUAGCUCAAAUCCACCUACACUCUAUGAGCUUGAGAAAAUAACAUUUACCUUAAAGUAUGCAAAGACUCCGGAUAAAGAUAUUAAAUGUGCAUUUUGGAACUACUCAGCAGACACAAUGAAUGGCAACUGGGCUACAGAAGGCUGUGAGCUGACACAUUCCAACUCCACUCAUAUCUCAUGCAAAUGUAAUCAUCUGACUCAUUUUGCUGUUUUGAUGUCCUCAGGUGGCUCUGUUGGUGUUACAAAUUAUAACAUUCUUACAAGAAUCACUCAGCUAGGAAUAAUUAUUUCGUUGAUUUGCCUCUCCAUGUGCAUUUUUACAUUCUGGUUCUUCAGUGAAAUUCAAAGCACUAGAACGACAAUUCACAAAAACCUCUGCUGCAGCCUUUUCCUGGCGGAACUUAUUUUUCUGAUUGGAAUCAAUAUGAACAAUAAUAAGCUCUUCUGUUCAAUUACUGCCGGAUUACUCCAUUAUUUCCUUCUAGCUGCUUUUGCAUGGAUGUGCAUUGAAGGUAUUCACCUCUACCUUAUAGUGGUGGGAGUCAUCUACAACAAGGGUUUCUUGCAUAAGAAUUUCUAUGUCUUUGGCUACGUCAGUCCAGCUGUGGUUGUUGGAAUCUCUGCCGCACUAGGAUACAAGUACUAUGGCACCACAGAAGUAUGUUGGCUCAGCACGAAGAACAACUUUAUAUGGAGUUUUAUAGGACCAGCAUGUCUAAUAAUUCUUGUUAAUUUGUUGGCUUUCGGAGUGAUUAUUUAUAAAGUAUUUCGGCACACUGCAAUGUUAAAGCCAGAAGUUAGUUGCUAUGAAAACAUAAGAUCCUGUGCCCGAGGUGCUCUUGCUCUCCUGUUCCUCCUUGGGGCUACGUGGAUCUUUGGAGUCCUCCAUGUUGUCCAGGGAUCCGUAGUUACAGCAUAUCUUUUUACAAUCUUCAAUGCAUUCCAGGGGAUGUUCAUUUUCAUAUUUCUUUGUGUGUUAUCUAGGAAGAUUCAGGAAGAAUAUUAUAGGUUGUUCAAAAACGUUCCUUGCUGUUUCGGCUGCUUGAGAUAAACGGAAGAAAAAUAUGCACGAGCAUUUCAGUGGAAGAAGGAAGCAAGCUAGAUGAUGUUGUUAUGGAUAUUAUGGAAAGAAUGUGUUAUUGUGAAAGUACGAAAUGAUACAGUGAGCAGGCAUAUCUCUUAAUUGAAUUACUGACUGGUUUUGUACAUAUGUGUGCAUUAAUGCAAAGCAUUUAUAUUAUGCUGAAUACAAACGGUAUACAAACCAAACUCAAUUAUUGCAAAAUAAAUAUUAAUGAAGGCUGGGGGAAAAAAAGCAAAUUUCUGAAGAAUAUCAAGAUUUUUCAUGACUUUCAGGUUUUGUUUCUCAUAUUAGAAAUAUCUGCAGUUUUUGAAAACAAGAUACCAAAAUCUAACUGGCACAGCAGAUUUUAUGAAUUGCCUUGUUAGUGAAACAUGUUCACUGUAUUUUUUUGUAACAAUGAUCUUCUUACAUUUAAGUUGUAUGUGGUCAUCUGCAGGGAAUGGGUUCCAUUAAAGAAUCAAUAGAUAAAGAUCAGCUUCAGGCCAGACUUUUGAAAACAUUUCUUUUAAUUUAAAGUAGAUUAAAGAAAGAAUUUGUUUAAUAUUAUUCUCUUAUCACUCUGAAAUAUAUAUUUGUAUAUUAAUCAAUUCUUUAUUUUUAUAACUUUUAAAGAACUGUUUAGAUCUUAAGAGCUGAGGUCAGAUCUGAUACAAGAAUGGUGGGACAGCCAUUUUAUAAGUGAAAGAUUGUUUUGUGAAUACUUUGAAAAAGAUCUGGUUCUUGUUUUAUUUAAUUGCCAAAAAGACUGAGAUCUGCUAAACUGGCACAAUGAUUUUGGAGGCUGUGGGAAGAAGAUGCUUUCAUAAGUUCGUCACUUGAUAUUUGGAAUCCAGACCUUGUAGCAUCAAAUUAAAAGUGGUAGUAAUCACCCAUGCAGAAGAAUGCAGAUUUAAAUUCAGUGGUGUGUGCCUCCAUACCACAUAAAAUUGUAACUACAGCAGUUUAUUCACAGAAUCUUUGAGUCAAGCAGUUGUCUUCCUCUGAGGCUCCUGGUUUUGAAACACUUAUCCUGUGUUUAACCUUGGGAGCAUCCAUAGAUCUACUGAAAUACAAACAGAGUAAUUGAGGUGCAGGUUUUUCCAGAUCAGGGCAUAGAUAUGAUGCAUCAGCGGUUCCACCUUUCCCAUCUGACUUACUUUAAAAGUAUGCUUUAAUUUCACCCUUUUAGCACCUAGCUUGUGUAUUUGAAGUGCUGAGCAAUCCUCAAUCCACAUUGCCUUCUCAGGAAGUGUCUAGGAUCUCAGAUGAAGCCCAGUGUUUUUACCUGUGAGGCACUGUAAAUAUGUAGUUUUUAAUAAAUCCCACUGUUGUGUUGUCUGUUAAAAUAAAGCAUUACUCUGAGAUUUAUUUAUAUUAAAGGAAACCUUUUGUUGGCAAUGGUCUAAUUUGUUUGGUUGGUUUUUAUCUUUUUCUCUACACACAAGGCUUUCACUCUAUGCACUGCAGUGAUAUGCUUCAUUAAGUAUAUUCCAUGUCUCUGACAAAACUUUGGAAACCACAAGAAAAGCUCUUUUUCUUGGGGGAAAAAAAAAAUCUGUUGGUCCUUUGAAUGUAAAAUAUGUGAAUAAACUCAUGUUCUUAGCUUGCA